CAGAUGUCUGGACUGCAAACCUGCACAGUUUUGAGAGGGAAAUGACUGGAGUGUCCAGCUUUUAUCUCCACGACCAUGUCCAUGAACAAUUCCAAACAGCCAGUAUCUCCUGCAGUUGGGCUCCUCUCAAACUCAACCUGCCAGACGGAAAACAGGAUCUCAGUAUUUUUUUCAAUAAUCUUCAUGUCAGUGGGAAUCUUAUCAAACAGCCUUGCCAUUGCCAUUCUCAUGAAAGCCUAUCAGAGAUUUAGACAGAAAUCCAAGGCAUCGUUUCUGCUUUUGGCCAGUGGUCUGGUAAUCACAGACUUCUUCGGACAUCUCAUCAAUGGAACUAUAGCAGUGUUUGUAUAUGCAUCUGACAUGGACUGGACUCACUUUGAUCAAUCAAAUGUCCUCUGCAGUGUUUUUGGCAUCUGCAUGGUAUUCUCCGGCCUGUGCCCACUUUUUCUAGGCAGUGUGAUGGCUAUUGAACGCUGUAUUGGAGUCACCAAACCAAUAUUUCAUUCCACGAAAAUUACAUCCAAGCAUGUGAAAAUAGUGUUGAGUGCUGUGUGCUUGUUUGCUAUCUUUAUAGCUUUGCUGCCCAUCCUUGGGCAUCGAGACUAUAAAAUUCAAACGUCAAGAACCUGGUGUUUCUACAACACGGAACAUGUCGAAGACUGGGAAGAUAGAUUUUAUCUGCUACUUUUUUCUUUUCUGGGGUUCCUCGCCCUGGGUGUUUCAUUCUUGUGCAAUGCCAUCACAGGAAUAACACUUCUAAGGGUUAAAUUUAAGAGUCAGCAGCACAGACAAGGCAGGUCUCAUCAUUUAGAAAUGGUCAUCCAACUCCUGGCUAUCAUGUGUGUCUCCUGCAUUUGCUGGAGUCCAUUUCUGGUAACAAUGGCCAACAUAGGAAUAAAUGGAGAUAAUUCUCAAGAGACCUGUGAGACGAUACUCUUUGCUCUUCGAAUGGCGACAUGGAAUCAAAUCUUUGAUCCUUGGGUGUAUAUUCUCCUACGGAAGGCUGUCCUUAAGAAUCUUUAUAAGCUUGCCAGGCAUUGUUGUGGAGUGCAUGUCAUCAGCUUGCACAUGUGGGAGCUUAGUUCCAUUAAAAAUUCCUUAAAGGUUGCUGCUAUUUCGGAGUCGCCAGUUGUAGAGAAAAUGAAUCAGCCGACUCCUAGUUUAAUAGGUCAGUAAUACAGUGUAGGGCUAGAACAAAAGAAAGGAUUUGGCAAUAUUUCUGUUA